AUAUCAAAAUGUAUAAAGGUGGAAGAUCAAAAAGUAAAUUAUGGGAUGAAAGAUGGAUCGACAAGAUGGAUGUUUAUAACAGUCUCUGGUUUAUAACUUAGCGAAUACCGCAUGCCCUACGUUUGCUUGUCCGUCAUAUUUGAUACGUUUUCUACGGUAAACUACUUGAUUUACGUAAUAUACGUCAAAAACCUCGAAAAUCGUGAAAUUACCCAACCCUGCAAGCAUUCACGUGUUUAUACGUAUGUUAAAAGACGUUUAUACCCUGGUAGUUGUCGCAUGUUAUACUUGCAUCUGCGGUAUCCUCCAUAUUGUUCACAUAAUAUACUGAUUUUGUACGUUUACAAUGGUCAAUUACAUAAUUUAAAUAAUAUACGUUGCAAACCCCAAGUGGUGCAUUAUUUCUCAUCCCUGCUUCCCCCAGAUAUUUAGUAUACAUGGUGUCAGAGUAUACGCGUUUAGCACAAAUUUGAUGCAUCGCUGUCUAUGCAGUCAACAUAACCCAUGAUUUCGGCUACAAUUGUUUUCCUAGGGUUCUCGAAGUUUAAAAAUAGUCAGACAUGUCCUAGGACGUCUGAGCAAUAUUCAAGUUCAGAACUGUUUGGCAACUCUUGUCAGAAGUGGAGUUAAAAAAAUUGUGACCUUUAAAGGUUCGGAAGCACAAGAAUAUGGCUUCGAGAGGCACCGUAGCACAGGUCGUUGGAACAGAUGGUAGUGAUUAUACCCACAGACAAAAGGUUGCCUCACAGUAUCAAAUGAGUGCCAUAAAUAAGUCGAGACUGAAAUAUUGUAUUUUUUUUCAUUACCUUCUAUUCUUUGUGAUGUUAGCAAAAUUAUCUGCAGAUAUCUUAGACCGUUUGGAUAUUUUUAUUCUGGAGAUAGAAGAAUUACAAGUACCUCAACCAUUGUGGUGGGAGUAUGUGUGGUGUAUCAGUCUUUUAAUGUCAUUCUUCGGCUUAUCAGCAGUAAAAAAGAAUAAGAUUAAGACUCUACAACAGUACAUGAUAGGAAUAGUUGUGUUGGGAUAUAUGCCACUUUUGUACGGUGUAAUAUAUUACUUUAAAGAUGUUUGGACGUACCUGACCCUAGAAGAACCUGACGAUAUUCAAAUCUGGCAGGAUUUGCCCUAUGGACUACUAUGGUAUGCAUUCAUUCUUCUUGCAUCGCAAGUCCAUUGUUUCUCUUUAUACUUUUCAUGGAAUCUCCUUGUUGCAUGGAAGGCUCGAGGAGCAAAGAGGAUAGAUUAGUGACUUUCCAUUAAUUUAGACAGAAACAUGUAAGAUUUAAUGAUUUAUGAAAAAAGAGUAAAGUUCAAAUCAUGAAUUCUUUAAAAAA